AUGGAGCAGAUUCUUAAACAACAUAUCCUGAAAGGAGAUAACUUAACCCGAAGUGAAAGGACAUCACUGCAAGAUUUAAAGGAAGACAACAGUAUUACCAUCAGACCUGCUGACAAAGGAGGAGCAAUCGUGAUUCAAGAUUACACUGAUUACAGAACAGAAAUUUUGGGCCAACUUUCUGACACUAAGACAUACCAGCCAAUUACCUAUGACCCAAUUUCCACAAUUUUGGAAAAAUUAAGAGCUUUGGUAAAACGGGGAGCAGAAGCAGGAUGGACAGAUGAAUACACAGCAACUUUUUUGAUCAAUGAGAAUCCUAAGAUACCCAUCCUGUACAUGUUGCCAAAGGUCCACAAGGAUCCGGCCAAUCCACCCGACAGGCCGAUUGUCUUAGCCUGA